CCAAGUUAUCCACCAGUUAAACGUUUUGAAAAACAUCCAGUUCCUGGCGAUUACUUUAACGGCCCUGUUAAUGUCAUUCAGUUUGCGUCAAGAUUUGGUGGACCCUCCAAUACUGAUCGCGUAAUUUGGCGUGACUAUACCCCAACAAGAAAUCCAAAUCAACGUUUAAAUAUCACGAUUGGAGCGCCAGCACCGCUUUUUCCUAAACGCACCACGCCUUCACCAUUACCAGCAGUAACAGCAGGACCCCCUAGCCGAACAACUGCUCAACCAAGCUUCGCUAAUGAGGGAUCUGUUCAUCAUUCCGUAAUCACCGAUGCGCCCGCCCAAUAUCCAACAGCAGCUCCACCAAAAUCACCAUCUUCCUCCUCAGCCUGCGUUUGGGCUAUCGCUAGCUGCUGCUCGCCAAACGAUCGGACUGUGCGGUAUAGUUGCUUCGAACGCUAUGGUUGUAAUUUAGUCUUUUUUGAUUUGAAUCCUUGCGCAGAUAAUAUUCGCGAUAAUAUCAUCGGAUAUUUGAAUCAACAAUUCGAAUAAAUUUCGAAGAGUAUUUAUUACGCGUAUGGGAGUUUUAGUUUUCACAAAAAGCAUUUAUUAACCAUAGUUUUUAUUUAGUUUGUAGGCUUAAGCUAUUUUUAAAGAGUUGAUUACUUUUUGUUUUAAUUUAUAAUACUUUUUGUGCACCUUUUUUAUUUAAUGUAGGAUUUAGUUUAUGAAUAUAAUGAAUGAUUUUUUUUAAAGAUGUUAUUCUAACUGCCUUAAACGUAUAUUAGAUAAGUGUGCUUUAAAAUUUUAAGUGACCUAAUUACUCGACGACUUCGUCCUAAACUGAAGUGUUAAAUUUGAAAAAAAAAAACGAAUAAAACUUGUAAAUCUUCUCUUGUUCUCAAAUAAUUUUCAUUUGAGAUAGUUUGAGAAUUUUCUUGAAUAACUGUAGAGCAGAGUUAGUAUGAACCUAAAAAUUUUAAAUGUUUUACAGAGCUAUUAAACUUCUAAUUUCAAACAGGAAAUUUACUUAAUUAAAAAAUGUAGUUGUAUGUUAUCAGUGUACGCAUAUAAUUUCAAGCCUUUGGC